GCUCGUUGGAUUCAAGAACAAGCUCCCUUGUUGCCACCGGCAGCCCACGCUAUAAACCAAACCGGAGGGGACAGGGCGAAGCCGCAUGCACCGCCGCCUCCUCCGCUGCCGCGCGAUGCCUCUCCUGCAGCUGCCGCCGCCGCCUCAGAGGGCGCUCGCGGUCUCGGGAAGCCGCAUGAACCACCGCCUCCUCCGCUGCCGCGUGAUGCCUCUCCAGCCGCCGCCGCCGCCACUGGGUGUUUCCGGCGGGCGCCUCUUUGCCUCCCUCUCGUCCCCGCCGCCUCUCCAGUCCCGAAGGGAGGUGCAUGUUUGGUAUCUUUGCCCUGAUGAGGUGAAUGAUCAGUCCCAACUGAAUAUGUAUGAAGAACUCCUUUCUCCCGUUGAAAGAAAGUAUGCUGCCUCUAUGAAAGUACCAGAGCUACGGAAAGAUGCUAUGUUGUCCCGUGCAUUGUUGCGCACAACCCUCUCAAGAUAUACAGAUUGUAAAAUUGAUCCGAGGUCAUUUGAGUUUAAGAAGAACGAAUUUGGGAAACCUGAGAUAUUGUGGCCACCGGAUAAUAGCAUUGUUGAGCGACCUUUGCAUUUCAACAUUUCGCACACUACAUCUUUGAUUGCCUGUGGCAUUGCCAUGCAUGCUCAUAUUGGUAUUGAUAUUGAAGAGAAGAAGCGGAAUACUACCAAGAAUAUCUUAUCUCUUGCUCGCCGUUAUUUCACCCCUUCCGAAGUUGAUUAUCUAAUUGCUAUUUCUGAUUCUGAUGUUCAGAGAAAGGAAUUCCUAAAACUAUGGACUCUUAAAGAAGCAUAUGUAAAGGCUCUUGGGCUGGGUUUCUCAGGUGCUCCGUUCAAUACGUUUUCAAUCAUGUUGGAAACAAGCAAGGGAAUUAGGAUAUCUAAGGUAUCGAAAGUAUGCGAUGAUUCCAUCUCUGGUUCUGACCAUCUGUCUGAUAAUUGGCAAUUCACACUGGCGGAGCUAAAUAGUUCUCAUUACAUGUCAGUUUGUGUAGAGGACGACUCCAGAAAGCAAGGUCUCGAAAAUACUCCUGUACCAGUAGGAUUGAAAGUAUGGAAGACCAUACCAUUUGUAGAAGAUACACUUGUCUCUGGAACAGAUGCUUUAAAACUUAUUUCUUGACUAUGCCAAAACAUGUGCUGUUGGCCGUAUGGUUUCAGCAGUUGAAAAGUAUGAUGCAUGAUUUGGUUCCUGGAAGCAUACGGAUGAUUGCUGGGCAUCACUUACUUUAUUGGUCAAGGGAUGCCAGUUGAGCUACAGUCUGGCUUCUUGUUGAAAGAUGGAUUCUCCGUAAAGAAUGAAGUUCCCUCCAAUUGUUAGAAUGCACUCUGUGUUUGAGAAGUUAUUUUACUAGGGAAUGAUUUGGUUUCAUAUUAUAUGACUUGAUUACGCAAUUUAAAUGCUGCAAGCAAUUUUACUUAAUGCA